AUGAACACCAAGCUCUGCCGAAGGACCCGCCAAAACCCAUUGAUCCAAAUCACAAAACUACCCUCUCCAGCAAUCCCCAGCUCUCAGCUGGUUCCCACCAUCUGUUCGACGAAAUGCCUCAAAGAGGCUUUGCUGCAGCAGCUGGGAACCAAUAUGCCAUUGUCCAGGGAUGUUAACUUACCUGAUAUGCCAUUUGUGACUGAAACAAAAGCCCAGGAGGACCUCCCUGUCCCUACCCUUUGUAAAUCAGAAACCGUUUCAGGUUUGGCAUCUGCUAAGCCCGGGCAAAGUUUUGUAUGGUUCCUUCCCACGAUCAUUGAAUCUGGUUCUCCAGCAAUCAAUCUUGAUAUCAUAUACAUUUUCUCCAUAAGGGCCAUAAGGAUUGCAUUUUUCACAACCAACAACUUCAGCAAAUGGAAUUUUUUGCACCUGAAACAGUACUCAAAGAGGCUCAGUAGCUCAGGUGGAAUAUACUCCAGUGGGGUUUCAGCUCAGGACUGUGUUAGUAAAGGAGAUAAUGUUUCUGACAAUCUGGUUGCAACUGAAAACAAAAUGGCAAAUUAUCCUGAUGAUGGGGUAAUUAGUGACACUAUGACAAGUAGUGAUGUAGUCGAGGAUCAAAAAGUUGAGAUGCGGCAGAACUUGACUGAACUUGAAGGUAGUGUUCAAGCAGCAAGGGACGAUGGUUUUGCUAAUGGGAGUACUACCAUUGAUUCUGUCGAAUGA